AGAGAGAGGGAGAGAGAGAGAGAGCCACACGGUUAAAUUGAGCUUUAUCUAUCGCGACGGGUCACUUAUUAAGAGCCAUUUGAAGCCAGAGGCGACCCGGAGCGCGCAGGAGCCGCAGUCCAGGCAGAUCAUCUUAAUAAGAGCAGCAGUCAUAAUCACAGAGGCCGGCAGCAGAGAGCACAUUGCUCCACACAGGCAAGAAAAAACACACAAACACGGAAGAGAAGUGUGUGAGAGAGAGGCAGAGUGAGGGACGGACGGAAAGACACAGCUUAACUUUUGCUCUGCGGGAUCUUUUUUAUUUAAAAAAAUAAGGGCUAAGAAGUGAUUGUCAAGAGGCCGGAAAGUGCUGGAGAAGAUGCCGCGGGUAGUCCCGGACCAGAGCAGCAAGUUUGAGAAUGAGGAGUUUUUCCGCAAGUUGAGCAGGGAGUGUGAGAUUAAAUAUACUGGGUUCAGGGACCGGCCUCACGAGGAGAGACAAGCUCGCUUCCAGAACGCCUGCAGGGACGGACGAUCAGAAGUAGCCUUCGUAGCUACAGGUACCAACCUCUCCCUUCAGUUCUUCCCAGCCAACCUACACGGAGAUCAGAGGCAGGUUCCCACAAGGGAGUAUGUCGACUUUGAGAGAGAGACAGGCAAGGUCUAUUUAAAGGCUCCUAUGAUCUUGAACGGAGUGUGUGUAAUCUGGAGAGGCUGGAUCGACCUACAGCGGCUGGACGGGAUGGGAUACCUGGAGUAUGAUGACGAGAGGGCGCAGCAUGAGGAUGCCUUGGCCCAGGCAGCUUUUGAAGAGGCACGACGCAGGACCAGAGACUUUGAAGACAGAGACCGAUCACACAGAGAGGAUCUAGAGGACCCUGUGGUUUCUAAAAUCUGGGACUGAUGACACACAGACAGACAGCCAGCAGAAAAGAACAGGUCCAGACGACAGCAGGACCCCAGCCCUGGCUCAAACAUGGCCAACGCUGACGUGGAACACAAGAUGCGCUGAGGAGGAUAAGGAAGUAGUGGAAGGAGGAAGAGGAGAAAAGCAGGGCUGGCUGUCUAUUCACUUUCAAUACAAUCAGCUGGACAGAAAAAAAGUCAACUGAAAAUGCAAGUGUAGACCAAUUGUUCAUGAGUAUUUCCUAACAGGUUUGAUAUGAUUGCUUUCACGCACCAAACAUUUUUGAGAUAUGUAAAUACAGAAUACAAUAAACUUCCUGAAUUGAUUGAAUUGAACGUGAAGCAAGCCCUGGAAAAGAGGGAUUGAAAUGCAUGAGGACACAGCAGACCUGGACAAAAAAUAGUUGAAUAUAUUUAAAUACAGCUGAACGUGAGAAGUUCAUUUAGCAUUAUACUGAAAAUGUGAAUCCAGAGUUGAAGUUGAUUUUGUCAAAUGGGUGUUUCAAUAUCAAGUCAUUCAAAAACUUUAACAUUUUUUGUCCAGGUCUUUAAGGAUUCGAUGGAUUGGGGGUUAUUUCAAGUACCAAAAGUAUAUUUUCUGUCAAUACAAGAAGGGUUAAAGAUGUCAUCAAGGAGAGGAGGAAGAUGCACAGAAGAUAGAAGGAGAAGACAGAGGAGAGAUUUGGUUGGCUCAGGGCUUAUUGGUCAGGGUUACUUGUAGAACAUGCAUCAAAUGUGAGAAGAUUAACAGUUUGUGAGAAAAAAAAAAAGAAAAGAGUCCGCAUUGUUCAGUAUUGUGCAACACCUCACUUUUGUGAACAUGCCCUUGUUAACCCCCACUAUGCCCAGUUCACUUCCUGAAACCUGCUGUUUUCUCAGACCAAAGUUCACUUUGCUGGAAAGGGAUGGGGGAGGGAGGGAAAAGCAGAAGGGGAAACUGAGUUACAUUUAAAAAGUGGACAGGUGGGACUAGAGCGUACAAGGAGAAUUGUAUCAGGUUGUAGGAUUUGCUGUUAUGUGAUAUUCAUGAUCUCUUUAAAACAUCACUACGGUGAGGUGCCCUGACUAUAGAAUCACAGGUUAUGUAGCAACAACCUCGAGGCAGGACACUUAACAAGGAGACUGCCACAAACUCUGCUAUCUUUGGCUCUGAAGGUGGAAUGGGGGGGUGGGGGGGGAUUCAAAUGUCCUUUGUCUUCUGAGGGGUUUUGCACUAUGUGAUACAAUCAGUCUUGUUCCCCACAUAGAUUUUUUUAUAUGCAUACGCAAACACAAGUCUACCUACCAGUAUGUUCUUCAUUGUCCCCCAUACUGUAUAGCACUCUCUUUACAGUGCUUUGAUAAGGAAUAACUGGGUGAUUCAAGUCUGAUUCUUCAUGAACUCAAAUUCAGAUGGCCAACAAAGCAAAAAAGCAUUGUUUUUUUCCAUAACCAGGAUAUGUUGUGCCCUAAUGAGACACAAAUGUCUCUUUGCAGAGGGUCACAUACCACUCUGAUGUGACUGCCAGUUACAAAUGAAUCCCAACAUUGCGCAGGAAAGUGGUAAUCUUUCAUUUUGACCCUUUUAGAAUCUGUGCUCCACCUCCGAACCGAGAAUUAAGUUCAUUGCUUUUUUGGAGCCACGGCGUCUGUCCAGUGAAAGCAGAAAAACUGGCUGGAGAAACAAACCAUUUCAAAAGCCACUGGAUCAUCUGAAAAAAUGUAUCAAUGCUAAGCUGAAACAGGGCUUUUUAUUUAGUUUAUGAAAACUUGACAUUUCGCUGAACAGUAAUGAUAGAAAAUAUAACAUGCCAGCACAAGACACGAGCUCACAAACUCAUACACAAGCUGCAUGUGUCACAUAUGAUCCCUGUCAUUUCUACUAGAGAAACAUUGGAUCGCAAUCAUGAGUUUAUCAAGUUUAUCAGUUUAGAUCACAGACUCAAGUGUAGUUAGAAUCCAUCUAUUGAUCGAUCAGUCACCCAGAUAUUCCUCAUCGUCAAAGGGCUGUAAAUGCUUAAAUGCAGUCUAAGUACUAUUUUCUGUCCUGUUACAGCACUAGUGUAAUGUGUAAUGAAAUGGUAUUUUGUUAUCGUUUUGUUUGUGUGAAAGUCAUGAUGUUUACUUUUUAUAUUCUCAGCUCUGUACUUGUAUUCAUUUUUGUUGAUCCUUCAGCUUUGUUAUGAACUAGUAGUAGCAGCAGUAGGCUAUUUUAUGUAAAGUUGAGUUGAAAAUCACAAAAUGUCUCCAGAAAUUUGGGAGUUUUGAGGACUUUUGUUGCUUUGGUUUUUCAGUGUUUUAUGUGUUCUUUUUUAUUUUAUUUUAUUUUUUUUAAAGGAAAUCCACUUCCUGGGUUAAACACAUUGAAUGUGGAUUGAUUCAAGUCCUAUUAUUAGGUGAUAUAAAUGUUUUUAUAUUGUGCAACUAGAAGCUCAUUUCAUUUCCUAGUGUGUUUUACAUUUAGUGCACUCAACGGUUUUAUUAUCAUUAUUAUAACCAAGAAAAAUGUUUUGUUUAUUCAUGCUUUUCUUUUUCUUAGUCUGACUUAUUAAGAACUUUGAUGAGCUGUACAUGACCUAAAAAAUGGUGAUUUUUUUUUUGUUUUUUUUAUCCAUUGAUAGCCACGUGUUUGUAACAUUUUACAAGAACUUUUGAAAUGUUAUUUCUAAAAACAAUAGCUGAAAUUGAAAUAAAAAAAAAAAAGUGAAAUGAAAGCUCGAGCGACAUGAUAAACUUGGUGAUAGGACCCCAGCCUGAACGGCUGCAGAGAAGUGACUGCUUUUGAAAAGACAUCAAGAUGCAAAAGAAUGAAAGGAGACUUUUGAAGCUGUAACAGUAACAAAUUUGUUGUGCCAAGGCCAAAUCGAGAAGCUCAUAGUACAACAAUCAGAAUUUGGGAUAAAUAUUUUCAGUUUUCUCAGGAGUACUGAUCCUGCCAAGACAGCUGGCCUUGUGACUGUGCUUAGUCAGUUCAAGAAUGUGGAAAACACGCUUUCUGUCCUUCGGUGUGAUAAUUGGUGGAUUUUUGUGACUGAGUUUGACAUUGCUGUGCUGAGACACAGUAGUUAAAUGGCAUUAAAGACUUUGAUGAAGUGAUGAAGUCUUUGAUGAAGGUGAAGUGGGUGGAGUGACAGAGGAAGACAUUAUAAAUGAGUGUUAGGUCAGCAUUAGCAAUCAGGUCAUGUUGGUGAAAGCUGUCAUAGAUUUACAUGUGCAGGUGGCUGUUAUGUUGCCGCAAAAGCUGAAUAAUUCUUCACUUGCUAGUGUUUGUGAGGUUAAAGGACGGCAGCAGUGCUGAGCAGGAAGUUAUAGCUUUGAGACAGUGUAGGUGGUGGUGCAGGUUACAUUUUGAAAAUGAGAUCAGUGGGUUACACUGGGUAUGAAUGGUAUAUGAGAGGUGAGAUGUAGGUGGCCAGUCAGACACAGUUUGGGAUCAUGCAGCCUGGGGUGCUCAGGAUUUCUCCCCUGUCAAGAAUUAAUUGGUUAUAGCUACACAGCUAGACAUUGGCAAGUCAAGCAUUUUCCCACAUAAAAUAACAUCCGGUAGGGGUGGUCUCAUCAAAUUUGCCAUGUCUGGUGAAACUGGCUGAACCUUUGAUCAACCUUGAAAAUAUGGAUUUAAACAGUGUGCUCAGGUUAAGUAACAUCACUGAGGAAUUGAUUGUUGAUUAUGUUGUACGGCCGUGUCCCUGCUACCCCCACCCACCCAGAGCAUCAUCACACCGUGAUUAAAUGGUAAACAUAUUAGUUGAUACUCCAUCUUUCAAUUUUCUUAAUGCAGGCAUUAAGGCAAAAGAAAAAAAAAACCCACAAACGUUUUCUUUCUUUCUAGCGAACCUGUUUAUCUUUGUAUUUGUUUAAGUUAUUUAUACUUUGGUUUUAUUUAGAGAUCUAAAGAAGGACUGUGUGAUAUUUAGUGGCUUGCACACUCUUCCCACGUUACUCCUUCGCGCGUGUGUGGUCUGUCUUUCCCUCUGUUUCAGGGUUGAGCUUGUCCCCUCAGAGGACUCUGGAAUAUGAGAUAAUCAGUUCAAAAUUUUGAAUGUUUUUCUUAAUAAACAUUUACGAAUUCUUG